CUUGCCUUAAUUGACUCAUUAUCGGGACAUACACCGCAGUCUCUUGUUGUUCUUUCCACACACAGAGCAGAGUGAGAGAGUGUUUUGUUUCAAUGUGGCUACCAUGGCGUCUACGAACCACAGCUUCGCGUCCAAACCGAUCCCGAUCCUUCCCCAUCCCCUGCUCUUCCUUCAAAGACAUCCAAUCCAUCCUCCAAUCCCAACCCCAACCUCCCUCUCUCUUCCGCCGCCUUAUCGUCUCGCCCUCCCUCAUCCGCUCCUUUAGCAGCCCCCGCGCCGCCACCUCCUCCAUCGAACCGCCUCCGGACUCCGACCGUUCCGCCGUCGUCGUCUACUACACCAGCCUCCGCGUCGUCCGCCGCACCUACGACGACUGCCGCGCCGUCCGAUCCAUCCUCCGCGGCUUCGCCAUCGCCAUCGACGAGCGCGACGUCAGCGUGGACGAGCGCUUCCGCGAGGAGCUGCAGCGGAUCCUCGUCCACCGGAGCGUGAUGCUGCCGAGCGUCUUCGUCGGCGGCUUGUACAUCGGCGGCGCCGACGAGGUGAGGAAGCUCUACGAGAGCGGCGAAUUGCACGAGCUGAUCGGACGGUUGCCGAAGUCGCAGAGGAACAUGUGCGAUUUGUGCGGAGGGCUGAGAUUCGUGGUGUGCGACGAGUGCGAUGGAAGCCACAAAGUGUUCGGAGAGAAGAGUGGUGGAUUCAGGAGCUGUUCGUCUUGCAAUUCCAACGGUUUGAUUAGGUGUCCUGCAUGUUUCGUGGUGCAGCCGCAACACACCAAAUAAUUCCAUUCCCUCCUCUUCUCUUCUUCAUGUUGAACUUAGAUAUAUUCCUUUAAUUUUUCAUUGGUGAUGUUCUCUCUGUGAAUUACUCAAUUUAGAUUCCUUCGUAAAUUCUCAAUUAAACCUUAUGCAAGUUAGGACUUAGGAGUAUGAUACUAUGAUGUCUGGUUAGUGGUUUUGUGUAUGAAGAAUAUUUUACUCGAAAGAAAAGACAAAUAUCAUUUUGAAAGGAAUUAAUCUCCAAUGAACUAUUGAUCGAGGGAUAUCCCAAACAGUCCUCAAAUUUAGUCACCCUUCAAA